UGCCCACUACGACUCGCCUCCAUCACCACAACUACACCUCACAGUCUGCCAUUGAUUGGUCGCCAACGAAAAUCCGCAUAAUUAAUCAGCUCUAUAUCCAUCAAUCAAUCUACUUCACACGAUAGUACCACGCCCCCGGCGACAACAACACGCUACAGGAGCUUAGCCCUUUCGCAACACACAUCCGCACCAUGGGCUCCGGAGCCUCAAAGGCGGCGCGUAGCGGUGCUGCGCGUCAAUAUCCAACUCGCGCGCCUGGCGCUGCUGCACAGACUGUAGGGCAGACUGCGAGAAGGGCCACAGCCCCUCCAACGGUAGGCGAGGUGCCACAGAAUGAAGCGCCCCAAGCCGACAGUAUUGAUCCCGAUUACAUGCCCGGAGGCUUUUCGAAACGCUUAAACGAUAUGGGUGUUGUUACGCCAAACCCUACAUUCUCGCCGUCGUCGAGAGCUGGUGGUCCGCCAUUAGAGCAUGUCGAUAUGCCUGCAGGGCCGAUGUUCCCUCCCUCGCGAAGAAACCCUACGCUAUCCGUACUAGAUUCACGCCGAGCGUUGCAAAAGUUGGCAGAUGAGGAUCUGGAGGAGAUGAACAGGCUGGGAAACAAAGCUUCCAGGCGAUUCAUGGAUACAAGAACGCUGGUAGAUGCUCUCGAGUUGAUGGGUAGAGGGCAAAACCCAAGAGACGUGGAGAAGAGGUUUGGCCUAAAGGAAGGCUUGUUGGAUAAACUGGGUAAAAGCAAUGUCGUCGAGCACAUUGCUCGAUAAGACAAUGGACACUUCACCUAAAAGAAGCUGUAGAUCUGUACACUAGUAAUGGCUGAUUAUGAUGUUUUGUAUUUAUUAUAUAUUUCGGUGAUUUGAGCCGACAUUAGUUGUAUAAAAGUAGAACAUAAGAUACAAAUAAAGGAAACAUUCAACUAUGUGUGAAGCCCCAACUAUGCCAGAAAAGAUUGUCAUUACGCGUGCGCCGCUUUUGAAUGUUAAAUGCUUGACCUGUCGUCGACUCCAUUACCAGGCAGCGUGGCCACCAUCAAUGCGGAGAUCAGCACCGGUCAUGAAAGAAGAGGCGUCGGAGAUGAGGAAGACAGCAGCACCGCGGAACUCGGGAGGGUCAGAGAUGCGGCCAAGCAUGUUUUCGCCAGCCCACUUGGCCUUGCGCUCGGGGUAGACGUCGAAGAGGUUCUGAAGCAUCUCGGUCUGGAUGUAACCGGGGGAGAUGGUGUUAACACGGAUGCCGUGCUCGCCCCAUUCGGCGGCGAGAGAGCGACCAAGCUGCAGGACGGCGGACUUGGAAGCAUUGUAAACG